AUGCUCGUCAACGCUGCCGCCGCCGUCGUUCUCUUCCUUGGCAUUGCUGCCUCGGCCGAUGCCGCCUCUGUCAAGAAAGGCAAGUGGAGCAAGUACGUCAAGAGCCUCGACAAGGUCAUUGGUUCCACCCAGAACACUGCCAUCAUGGCCUCCGAGUCGAGCCAGCUCCACUCCCAGUACCUUGCUCGCCAGAACGACUCGCAGUUCCAGGGUCUCGUCCAGCAAGUCCGCAGCCACCUCCACAACGGCAUUGAUGCCAGCCUCCUCUCGGGUUCCAUCGUCUCUGACAAGUCGGUCGAGUCGAUCCGCCAGAACGUCUUUGGAAACGGUGCCUCUGCUGAAGACACCCAGACCCAGUCCGAGGCCGUCCUCGCUGCCGUUCUGCCCACUUCCUGGGACUCUCGCAGCUCGGGAUGGGUCUCGCCCAUCAAGGACCAGGGUCAGUGCGGCAGCUGUGUCGCCUUCUCUUCGGCCGCCGCCGUCGAGAGUACCUUCUUGAGCCAGGGAACCUCCAUCAUCGUCUCCGAGGCCGACAUCUUCUUCUGCCUUGCCGCUGGCCAGGCUCAGUGCAGCACUGGCUGGUACCCAAGCUCGGCCGCCAGCGCCAUCUCCAGCCGCGGUGUUGUCACUGAGCAGUGCUUCCCUUACACUGCCGGCACCGGCCAGGACCAGAGCUGCACCGACAGCAGCUGCUCUCGCACUGGUGGCAUCUCUGAGAACUCCUUCAGCAGCGUCGACCAGUUCAAGCAGCACAUCAUGGCCUAUGGCGCUGUCUUCACCGCCUUCACUGUCUACAGCGACUUUGAGAACUGCUGCAGCAACAACCAAAUCUACAUGCAGCAGUCCAACCAGCAGCUCGGCGGUCACGCCGUCGCCAUUGUUGGCUGGGACGACACCAACCAAGCUUGGCUCUGCAAGAACUCUUGGGGCCCCUCUUGGGGAACCAGCGGUUUCUUCUGGAUCGGAUAUGGCCAGUCCGGCAUUGGCGCCACCAGCCAGACCUUUGGUUUCACUGUUGCUGGCAACCAGCCCACCACCACCACCAAGCCUGUCAAGACCACCACCACCACCAAGCCCGUCAAGACCACCAGUGGUCCCACUCCCUCCGUCAACCCUCCUCCUCCUCCUCCUUCGGGCAGCUGCACCGGUGCCGCUCCCAACAGCUAUGUCUGCCAGAGCUCCACCAGCUACUUGUGGUGCGUUGGCGGCAACUCCUAUGCCUACAACUGCCCUGCUGGCACCACCUGUGUCUCGGGCGUUAACUACCCCUGCUCCUGGUAA